CUUUUCCUCUUCUCCUCCUGUCCCUCACAGGACCCCCCAUCCCUGGACACAGCCAUCCAGCAUGCCCUGGCAGGCCUCUAUCCCCCGUUUGAGGCCACAGCACCUACCGUCCUGGGUCAAGUGUUCCGUCUCUUGGAUUCCAACUUCCAAGGGGACGGGCUGAACUUCCUCCUGGAUUUCCUGAUCCCUGCCAAGCGCCUGUGUGAGCAAGUACGCGAAGCAGCCUGUGCCCCCUACUCACACCACCUUUUCCUGCAUGAGGGCUGGCCACUCUGUCUGCGGAAUGAGGUUGUGGUCCACCUGGCACCCCUCAAUCCCCUCUUAUUGCGCCAGGGUGACUUCUACCUCCAAGUUGAACCCCAGGAGGAGCAGUCCGUCUGCAUCGUGAUCAAGUGCCUUUCCUUGGACCUCCGCACAGUGGACAAGAAACCUAUUCCUGAGUCAUCCUACCCUAUACUUUUCACCCAAGAAUGGCUGGAGGCCAUCAAUAGCGACUUUGAGGGAAGUCCCCUACACAGCUGCCUGGUAGCUUCAGAAAAUGGGAUUUCCCUCAUGCCUUGGACCAAGAUAACCAGGCCAGAGUUUGUGGAUGACAAACCCCAAGCAGUGAAUGUCCUCUCCCCACUCUGGGGGUCCCUUCAAUUAGAGGCACUCAAUUUGAGCAGCCCCCAAGAGCUGCACCAGGCCAGGUCCCCAGGCAGCCAGGAGUUUCUUGCCCAGAGUUUGGCCAAGGGUAUGGGCAGAACUAACGGGAACAAGUAUCCAGGACUCAUCAAAGUGGAGCAAGCCAGGUCUGGAGAGGUGGCCUUCAAGAUAGAUGAUGUAGUCCUGGAGGGAGACUAUGUGGCUCUUCUGGACUUUUCACAAGAGAGCAGUGGAGGGUCUCCUAGUAGAGAGGCAGAGACUUCCAGUGAGUGUUCUUAUGCGGCACUGGAGGAGCUAUCCCAAACCAAGGAAACCCCUCUUUCUCAAAGGAAGCUGCCUCCCUCAGGGGCCAAUGGGGGAUCUUUCUUGGAAAAAUGGACAUGUGCGAAGUCAGCAGGCUCAAAGGAGGAACCCUGCAUUUUGGGCUUGAGGAGAAAGGUCAACCAUGAAGCUCCCAUUCCUGACUCAGAACGUCCCCCUCAAGAACCCUACCUCGAAGUCCUGGAGAACCCACUGGACUGUGCCUCUGGCCUCAGGGCAGGUGUCUCAGAAGAGCCAGCUGGCUCCAGAAGCCAGGGAUCUCUGGGAAACCCAGAGAAUAUGUCCCAGCUCAGGCCAGGACCAAGACAAGCUUCCUCUCCCCGCCUGUCCCCUGUUUCUGCUCCAGCCCGUGAAACAAAGAUGGAGGAUAGGACCACACAGGGACAUGGGAGACUGCCCAAGCAUAUGACCAGCCCUAGCCGAAGCGCCUCCUCUUCGGGGUCCCCCACUCCUGGACCCAAGUUCUCAUUCUUGAAAGGGCAGAGGCUAUCUCCUACAUCUCCUGAGAGAGUCUCGCUCCAGCACGACCAGCCCUGGAAAGUCCUGUGCUCUCUCUACUCUCCCAAAUCCAACCGAGCCAAGCCAUUGGGGAAAGCUGAAACAACCCAGACCAAAACAUCUUGCCUGGCCACUGACUCAGACCCACUGACUGGUGCAAAGGGUGGUUUCCCAGAAGCUUCUGUGCGCCUUCCAGAAAGAGGCCCCACCCUGGACGAGGCACCCCUAGGGCCUGAGCCCAGGAUUGGGGCUCUGAGUGUUGAGAUCUGCCACUCCAGGAUAGCAUGCCUGCCAGGUGGUCGUGACAGGUCAGGGCGCCCCCUGCUUCUGGUGUCAACCUAUGAGGGGACCUGGGAGGCGCCGUGGUGCUCAGUCUCAGAGGUCACCAAGUUGCUCUCCUACCUGUGCACUGUCCCCAGGUCUGAAGCUAAAACCAAGGGGCUGACGGUUGUGAUUGAUGCCAGGAAACAGCCCCCACACCCAAGUCUGGUCAGUGCUCUGCAGGCCACCCAGGUGUUGGUCCCAGCCUCCAUCCAGGCUCUGCUCUUCCUGGGGGAGAAGGAGGCUGCUGUCCAGCUGGAGACAUUACCUGGCGUCCAGGUGGAGGUGUUUACCUCACUGCAGGCCCUCAGCCACCAUGUGGACCCCAGCCAGCUGCCCACAGCCCUGGGAGGCCCCUUCCCCUACUGCCACAGCGAGUGGGUGCAGUUUUUCCAGAAGCUGGACACUUUCCUUGCUGACCUCCGCCAGGCUUCCUCCCUGCUACAGGCUUCCAUAGAGGAGUUCGAGAAGUGUGAUGCCCCUGGGGGUGUGCAGGAGGCUGCCAGGUGCCUGAGCAAGUCCAAGGAGCUGAUGGAGGCUGUGCUGAGGGACCCGGGCCUGCUGGGCCUCCAGCAAAAGGGCGGAGCCACCCUGGCCAGGCUACGGCAACAGGCCAGCAGGCUGGACUUCAACCCUGACGUCAGGAGCCACCUGGCUGAAGCUGCAGCCCUGUAUGGCCUCGUGGAUGAGCAGCUGCAUGUCCUGGUCACUGUGUCCAAUCACCUCCUGGGGAAGCUGGAGCUCCGAGUCCGCCUGGGCCGCCUGGAGGCCUCCAUCCAUCAGGUCAGCGACUGGAUGGAGCAGGAAGGAAGCCGGUACCUGCAAGCACUGACCCCCAAGGAUGGAAGCUUGGAGACAGUGGAGAAAACCCACGCAGAAUUCGAGGAAUUCUUCCUUCAGGCGGCAGCGCAGUACUGCCGUGGCCUCGAGCUGUCCAAACAGGCGGCCCAGCUGGGAGCUGUGGCUGGAGGGGCCGGCAAGGCGGGUGAAGCAGGGUUCCCAGAGAUGGCGGCCUUCGCCACCACCCAGCGGGCCUUCCAGGCUAAGCUGACCCACUUCUACAUGGCGGCCGAGCGGCAGCGCACAGACCUGGAGACACUGCUCCACCUACACCGCUUCUGCAAGAAGAUGACAUGGUUCCACAUGGACUGUCAGGACCUGAUGACCCAGCUCAGGCUGGGCAAGGCCCAAGGGGCCAGCCCUGGGGACCAGCGCCGCCUCCACCGCUACCUGCAGCGGCUGGCCUCUGAGUUCCCUGCUGAGAAGCUCACAGCCAUGGAGCUGCAGGUGGCCUCCCUGAGCUGGGCAGACCUGGGCCAAGACCUGUGGGAGGAGGCCCGGGGCCGACAUGAGGAGAUCUGGACCCUCCUGAAGAAGGCGUUGGCUCACUGCCCCCGCCCAGCAACUCCCACUGUCCACUCGACACACCCAGAACUGGGAGGGGUAGCCGCCAAGGUCCAGGAUCUGAGUGGAGACAUCUCUUUCAGGCGAUGGCAGGACCCACCCCUGCGGGACUCACUGGGUAUGGAGCGUCUGCCAAAAUCCUCUUGGCCUCUUCGGGCCACCAGAGGCAGGCAGUACAGAAAUUUCCAGCCAGGCCUUCUGCCCCAGGAAGCCGGCCAGGCUGUAGACGCUAAUGAAUGCAAAGGCCCCCAUGAGCCCCUGGAUCCUGCCCCUGAGCAUUCGCCUGCUACCCCCUUCUCACGACAGUGGCUCCCCAGGCAGCUGUGCCUGGGCCCUCUCAGCCAGGUCUCCCACCAAGCUGGGGGCAGCUUCUCCUCAGACGGAACAGACUCACAGACGUCUCUGGAGGACUCCCCUCAGACAAGUCCCCCUGCGUCCCUCUAGGUGGGAGUCCCCAUGAAUUGUGGCAGGCUCUGGGGGUAGGUGGGGUGGUACUCAGCUGCAGAGGAAGCUGGGGAGCCCUGGCCAAUGCCAUCAAGAUGUGGCUGUUGAGUGCUGGCUGUAUGUUUGGCCUGUGUUGGGAUGGUGAGAACUGUGGCCCUCCUCCCAGCCCUAGGAAACCCAGAAAGAUCUGAUUCUCACACAUUCACAAGCGUGAGGGUAUGGGUCAGGACCGGGGUGCAAUAAAGCACGAGGUUGACUGCACAACUCCCGUCUCACUGUGGAACGAGGAGGCGAUACAGACCCUUCCACAGGUCUCAUUUUAUCAGGACAGAUACCCACCUGGAGUUCAGGAAAGUACCCAAGCUUUCCCUUUGACAAGUGGGGCAUGGUCGCCCUCCUACCGAAUCUACCGGGUGGGGAGGUUUAGGGGUGGCUUUCUUUUUUCUUGUGUUACGGUUCCCAUGGAAGAAGACUUUGGGACAAAGACUCAAGUGUAAUUUAUCUGGCAGGGUGCUCAUUUCCCAGGGGCUACUGUAACAAAGUACCACCAAUGGGUGCUUUAUAAGAAGAAAAAUUUGUUG